AUGGCUGAGUGCUUCGACGUGCGCGGCAAGCCGCUGGGCCAGGCGACGCACUGGUCGGAUCCCGAGGUGUUCGGCUCGCGCGCCUUCUUCCGCACCGUGUCCGAGCCGGCCGUGCUGCGGCUCGAGGACGUGCACCUGCGCGACGAGGGCGUCUACCGGUGCCGCGUCGACUUCCGCAACACGCCGACGCGCUCCGCCAAGUUCAACCUCUCCGUCAUCGUGCUUCCGGAGAGACCGCAGCUUCUCGACCGCUGGGGGCGCAGCCUGGGGUCGACCCUGGGACCGUUGCUCGAGGGGGACCCUCUGAUACUCACGUGCAGGGUCCAGGGAGGCAAGCCGGAGCCGAGGGUGCGCUGGCUACUGGACGGCGAGGUGCUGGACGAGGAGUGCGAGAAGAACGCGGGUGACGUCAUCGAGAACAGGCUGACGUUCCGCGCGGUGGCGCGCGGCGACCUGGGCGCCGCCUUCACCUGCCAGGCGACCAACACGCGGCUGGCUGAGCCGCGAGAGGCCACCAUCCGUCUCGAUCUGCACCUUCGGCCCCUGGAGGUGCGACUGACGGAGCGGCCGGACCAGCUGGAGGCGGGCCAGCGCUACCAGGUGGCGUGCGAGUCGACGGGGUCCCGGCCGCCGGCGGUCAUCACCUGGUACAAGGGCAACCGUCCGCUCAAGAGGUUCCGGGAGGAGACUCUCGACAACUCGACGCUGAGCGAGCUGAUCUUCGUGCCGUCCACGGAGGACGACGGCAAGGUGCUGACGUGCCGCGCCGAGAACCCCAACAUCACCGGCGCCUACCUCGAGACCAGCUGGACGCUCAGCGUGUUGUUCGCCCCCAUCGUGUCUCUGCGGCUGGGGCCCACGCUCAACCCUGACGACAUCAAGGAGGGCGACGACGUCUACUUCGAGUGCCACGUCAGGGCCAACCCGCCGUGGAGGCGCCUCUCCUGGCUGCACGACGACGCGCCGCUGAGCCACAAUCAGAGCGCGCACGUCAUCCACAGCAACCAGAGCCUGGUGCUGCAGAAGGUUUCGCGCCAGGGUGCCGGCCGCUACGUCUGCGUCGCCGCUAACGCCCAGGGAGAGGCCGCCUCCAACGAGCUCGACUUCCGGGUCAAGUACGCGCCGACGUGCCAGCAGGAGCGCAUCAUGGUGGUGGGAGCGUCACGCUCGGAGACGCUGGACAUCGCGUGCCACGUGGACGCCGAUCCGCCGGCGCGCGCCUUCCGCUGGAAGUUCAACAACUCCGGCGAGACGAUGGAGGUGUCGACGGAGCGCUUCUCCAGCAACGGCUCGGAGUCUGUGCUGCGCUACACGGUGCAGUCCGACCUGGACUACGGCUCGCUGUCCUGCUGGGCCGACAACGCCGUGGGCGUGCAGCAGGCGCCUUGUGUCUUUCAGGUAGUGGCAGCAGGAAAGCCGUUCCCGGUGCGCAACUGCUCGCUGAGCAACCAGACGGCCAGCUCGGUCGAGGUGUGGUGCCAGGCGGGCUUCGACGGCGGCCUGCCGCAGACCUUCGUGCUCGAGCUCUUCUCGGGCUCCGCGCCGCGCUACAACCUGACGGCGGCCGACGCGCCCGUCUUCCUGCUCGCCGACCUCGAGCCGGAGGUCACCUUCCGGGUCGCCGUCUUCGCCGUCAACGCCAAAGGACGGAGCCCCGCCGUCCUCAUCGAGGAGAUCACCUUCCGGGACGCCGAGCGACGCACCGCCUCAGAGGGCGUGUCUAUGUCGCUGCCGCCGCUGCUGGGGGCGGUGGCGGGGGCGGCGCUGUCGCUGCUAGCGGCGGCGCUACUGGUGGCGGUCCGCCUCCGCUGUUCUGUGUUGCUAGAAUGCACGGGGGGCAGCGACCAGCUAGUGGUGCGUCGCGUCUCGCCGCCCGCGCGCCCAACGCCGCCGUCCAGCGGGUCUCCAGCGCCGGGUCAGCCGCUCUGGCCGCAGCCGCGCACCUCCUCGCCCCUGAUGACGUCACCGACGGAGCAGGCGACGUCCUCGGCCAGCUCUGAGAGCGGCGGCGCCCCGCGGCCCCGGGACCUGCGCCUCAGCAGGCACUCGCCGCCCCCGCAGCCCACCACCCCCGCGCCGGACCUCGAACUCAACGGUCACGCCAUCAAGGAGCGCCUCAUGACGUCACGAAUCCCUGAGAGUUGCGUAUGAUGGGACGGCGCCGGCGGCCGCGCGCCGCUGGUCCGCAGGAUGAUGGCUGCAGACGCCACUGGCCACUACCUGGCCACGGAUGUCUAACAGUCUGCGAGGAGCUGACUGCAGGCAUCACUGGACGCUGCCUGGCUGUAAAUCCUGGAAGUCCAGUCUGCAGCCGCUGAACUGCAAAGAAUUGGCUGCUGGCGCCAUUGGAUACUAGCUGCUCGCGGAUGUCUAACUGAGUCACAUGGGGCUGACUUCGGACACCACUGAUGGCUGCCUGGCUUCAGAAGUCCAAUCAGUCCUUACUGUAGUCUAGGGUGUCGACUGCUGACGUCACUGGCUACUACCAAAAGGUGAAUGUCUAUCUGAUCUUUAUGGUGGUGGAAUAAGAUGUGACUGGACACUGUCUGGCUAUGUUAGUACACACAACACCGCCGAAAUCCAUGACAUUCGCAGAAGAUGUCACUGGUUACUAGCUGGCCACGUGUAUUUACUCUAUCUGUGUACAGCUGGUUUCACAGACAUGUGGAUACAAUGUAAUCCCCGAAGUGCAACCUGAAGUUGUUGAAGAGAGUACCAAUGACAACUACUUUGCAACAGAUGCUUCAUAUGCGACCACUGGACCCAGCGGUGCCCUCUGCAGACGCUGUCAUCAGCCGUCCUCGAGCGCCUAGUAUGUCGCCAAGUCGUCUGAAAGAUUAUUACUAUGGACAGCCAAAGACUGAGCUAUGUGGGACCCAGAGAAAAUUUGCCCAUAUGCGCAGAAGCAUUUAUCAUCCACGGACAUACCCAGUUGGAACAAGGUUUCCAUAUUGGUUGCAAUGGAGAAUUCGGAACUGUCUGAGUGAUUAUAGCUAUUAACGUCUCACAUACAUUAGGAGGAUUUCUUUUCUGACACGCUUCAACUGAAUAUCGUAUUACGUGCUGGUAUCGUCCUAUGUAAUGAACCGUGAAAGGCUCUACAAGAAAGCAACUACGGCUGAUUUUCGAGUUGCCAGAAAUGUUUUAAUGCGAUGUCGUAAAGUACCUUUUAAAAGGGAAAGACUACUUGUCAACACAACACUGCAAGCAUCAAGACCUAAUAAGCCCGUCGUAUGUAAAUGUUUCUUGCAACUUCACCCUGAACGUACCGACUGUGUUGUCAUGAUCUGUAAUUAGUGACCAAUUCCUCACGAAGUAGGUACCACCGUGGACCAUUACGGAACAUGUAUCUACUCACUGGCAGUGACUGUACCAGAUGUGUGUCACUCAGUAUACCAGAAAUGGCUUAACGUCAUUUUCAACGGAUUUUGUAGAAGCUAAUAGAGCGCCCCUUCAUUCUUUUUUGUCUCAACAUUUGAGCUGAAGCUAUUCUUUGAAUUACUCUGCUCUUCACACUACUGAUCACUUUUCUCAACACGUGAGUGUUUCCUUUAGCCUAUCGGUUUCUUAUUGUCAGACCGACAUUGCUGGCCUUUUUCACUGCUUCCUCCUAACAAGAAACCAAAGAGAGCAUCAUCUUACGUUAAUUUCAUAAAUUAAUCUAAAGAUCGUGCUAAAAUAAAAUCAAAUCGUUUGUUACGUGCUUUGUAGUGAUAAGUUAUCCAGUUGUGAAGAACGAAAAUUUAAAUCGUAUUCAACAUGGAUACAAUUUGAAAGUGAAAAAUUUAUUUAUUUUUCUUCUGUGCAGCGCCAUAGUACCCAUUUUUUUGUAUACGUUACCGUGCAGUUUUCUUCCCGUUCGUUGUGCUCAAGCAUUGAGACUUGUGGUGUCUUACUGACUAGAAUUAUUGGCGGAACUGUGAUUAAAUUUGUCUAAACAGGGUGUUUUUAAAUAAAUGAACAAUGAGAAAGUUUACAGGGAAAUAAACAGCUCUAGGUGUGGAUCAAGUUGUCGUUAGUUAAAUAAAAUUAUUCUUUUGAUGACCUUCAGACGACACUUGUCAAACGGUGAAACGCUGAUAUCCUAUAACCUUAAUUCUGAAGAAAGCUGACUGCCCACACUGUAUCAAAUAAAAAGUACCGAAGUAGCUUCCUGCCGUUUAUCAUUAAAUUGGUGUUGUGUGUCGAACGAUCAAAUAACGAUGUUGUAUCGGAGGGAAUAAAGAUAAAGGCGUAUGUGAGUUCAAAUAUGAGUGCAAAUUACGAGAUCAAAACUAUAUCAUUGUAUUCUUCCUGUGUGAUACUCGAACAUUUAACGUAUACAUUUUCUGUCGUGCUGUUGAUUCAUUUUCAGUUUGAACUGUGCGCGUGACGAUUGAUUAGGCAGGUAAAUGAAGCCGCAGGGAAUCGAUGAUCUCAUAGCAACGAACAACAAGACUUUUAAUUGGUGAGACUCUAUUGAUGUUUUAUGUGUGUAGUGUUUUAUACGUAUAAUAAAAGACUUUCGCGGCGUUUCCGUAAAAGGAAUG